AAGCGGUGGGGUAUAGAGGGAAAAGGCAUUUUAUUUUUAUUUUUUAGGACGUAAACAAUUGCACAGGAGAGCGCCAACUGACGAUCUUGCAUCUUUAUACUCCGGAUAUUCUAAAAAGGAAUGAUUUAAUCACAGAGAAGACAGUUUUGAUUUUUAGGGCAUUUCUUAAAGGACAUUACAAAUUUCGGUUUGCAUACGGUUAUUCAGUAAUAUACAUGAUUGUGCCACUGCACAACACCUCGCCUUUUUAGGCUGGAAAAGCCUUAAAAAAAAAAAAAAAAAAAACAUAUAUAUUAUUACACAUUCUGUGUUGUUCGUAUCUUGUCUGUUCAGCUACGUUUGCAAGCGUGUCGGAGAGAGCGUGUUGGAGGGCGCAAGAAACAACAGAUCACGGCGGACAAUUGUGCGUUUUGGAUGAGGUGUUUCAAUCCAGUCAUACCAGUGCAGCCUUUACUUGAACGAUUGUGAUAUUUCCAUAGGCAAUGGCAUCUUACAAUGCAAACAUGCGGGCUGUUGGAUUGUUCUACCUUGGAUGUUUUCUCACAGCAUGUGUUGUAGAUCCCACCGGAGCCGUUGAAGCGCCGAAGACAUGCAGCCCAAAACAGUUUGUAUGUAAAGACCAGGUAACCUGCAUCUCCAAAGGCUGGCGCUGUGACGGAGAGAAAGACUGUCCCGAUGGCUCUGAUGAAGCUGCUGAUAUCUGCCAUCACACCCAGGUGUCACAGUGCCCUCCUAACGAGUUUGAGUGUCGAGGAACAGAUGUGUGCAUUCACCUGAGCAAGUUGUGUGACGGCGUCCCAGACUGCACAGAUGGUCGUGACGAGGGACCGCACUGUCGUGAGUUUGCACAUAACUGCACCAUCAUGGGCUGCCAGUACAAUUGUUCAGUCACACUGUCAGGCCCCAAGUGCUACUGCAGGAAUGGCUACGAGGUGGGAGAGGAUGGGAAGACAUGCAAAGACUUUAAUGAGUGUGCGGUGUAUGGGACCUGCAGUCAGACAUGUACAAACACAGAGGGCUCCUACACCUGCAGCUGUGUGGAGGGCUACCUGCCUCAGCCAGAUAACCGCUCAUGCAAGGCCAAGAAUGACCCCGUAGAUCGACAUCCAUACCUCCUCAUAGCCAACUCCCAGAACAUCCAAGCCACGUCUUUGAGUGGAGCCAACCCCAUCUCCAUCAACACCAAGCAGACCACCGCCAUGGACUUCAUCUACACCCAGGAGCUCGUGUGCUGGAUCCAUAUGGGCGACUCACCUGCUGCCACCCAGCUCAAGUGUGCCAAGUUCCCCAAUGCCAAGAGCUUCACGGAGGAGAAGUCCAUCAAUAUCUCCCUCAGCCUGCACCAUGUGGAGCAGAUGGCCAUCGACUGGCUGACGGGGAACUUCUACUUUGUGGAUGAUGUGGACGACCGCAUAUUUGUGUGCAGUAAAGAUGGCUCCACCUGCAUUAUUCUGCUGGACCUGGAGCUCUACAACCCCAAAGGAAUCGCACUGGACCCAGCCAUGGGGAAAAUGUUCUUCACAGACUACGGACAGAUCCCGAAGGUGGAGCGCUGCGACAUGGACGGGCAGAACCGCACCAAACUAGUGGACAGUAAAAUCGUCUUCCCUCAUGGCAUCACUCUGGACCUGGUCAGCAGACUGGUGUACUGGGCAGACGCUUACCUGGAUUACAUUGAGGUGGUGGACUACGAGGGCAAGAACAGGCACACCAUCAUUCAGGGUUUACUGAUUGAACAUCUCUAUGGCCUUACGGUAUUUGAGAACUAUCUGUAUGCCACCAACUCUGACAAUGCCAACAUGCAGCCCAAGACUAGUGUGAUCAGAGUCAAUCGCUUCAACAGCUCUGACUUCCAGGUAGUGACACGUGUUGAUAAGGGCGGGGCUCUUCAUGUGUACCACCAGAGACGCCAGCCCGCAGUUCGAAGUCACGCAUGCGCCUCGGAUCAGUUUGGGAAGCCGGGCGGGUGCUCUGAUAUCUGCCUGCUGAGUAACAGUCACAAGAGCCGAACCUGCCGCUGUCGAUCCGGUUUCAGCCUGGGCAGUGAUGGAAAGUCCUGCAAGAAACCAGAGCAUGAGCUCUUCUUGGUGUAUGGUAAAGGUCGGCCAGGUGUCAUCCGUGGUAUGGACCUGCACGCCCGGGUGUAUGACGAGCACAUCAUCCCCAUUGAGAACCUCAAUAACCCACGAGCGUUGGACUUCCACGCUGAGACUGAAUUCAUCUAUUUCGCUGAUGCCACCAGCUACAUCAUCGGCCGACAGAAGAUCGACGGCACUGAGAGAGACAUCAUAGUGAAGGAUGGUAUUCACACAGUAGAAGGUAUUGCUGUGGACUGGAUGGGACAGAACCUGUAUUGGACUGAUGAUGGACCCAAGAAGACCAUCAGUGUGGCCAAACUGGAGAAAGCCUCUCAGACUCGCAAGACCCUCAUUGAGGGUAAGAUGACCCAUCCCCGGGCCAUUGUAGUGGACCCUGCACAUGGAAUGAUGUACUGGAGCGACUGGGAGGAGGAGCCUAAAGAGACCAAUCGCGGCAGUAUAAAGAAGGCCUGGAUGGACGGCUCAAAUGCUGGCAUCCUGCUCACUUCUAAAACUGUGCUCUGGCCCAACGGCCUCAGCCUGGACAUCCAGCAGGGCAUCCUGUACUGGGUGGAUGCAUACUACGACCGCAUCGAGAUGGUUCUUCUCAACACCACAGAACGCAGGACUGUAUAUGAAGGACAGGAGCUAAACCAUCCCUUUGGCCUGUGCCACUACAAGAACUUCCUGUUCUGGAAUGAGUACCGUGGUGGAGGAAUCUACAAACUGGACCAGAUCACCAAGAAAGUCACGCUGCUACGUAAUGAACGACCCCCAAUCUAUGAGAUUCGCACCUAUGAUGCACAACAGCAACAAAUCACAGGCUCCAAUGUGUGCCGUGCCAAUAAUGGGGGCUGCAGCAGUCUGUGUCUGCUGACGCCCACUGGGCGAUCCUGUGCCUGUGCAGAUGACCAGAUACUAGACACUGACAACAAAACCUGUAAAGCCAAUCCUUCGUACGUCCCUCCUCCUCAGUGCCAGCCUGGAGAAUUUGCCUGUAAGAAUAAUCGCUGUAUUCAAGACCGCUGGAAAUGCGACGGGGACAACGAUUGUCUGGACAACAGUGACGAGGCCCCUGAGUUGUGCCACCAGCACACCUGUCCCGCAGACCGCUUCAAGUGCCAGAAUAACCGCUGUAUCCCUCUGCGCUGGCUGUGUGAUGGAGACAAUGACUGUGGCAAUGAUGAAGAUGAAUCGAACAGCACCUGCUCAGCACGCACAUGUCCUCCAAACCAGUACCCAUGUGCCAGCGGCCGCUGUAUCCCUGUCUCCUGGACGUGUGACUUGGAUGAUGAUUGUGGAGACCGCUCAGAUGAACCAGCAUCUUGUGCAUAUCCCACCUGUUUCCCACUCACUCAGUUCACCUGUGCCAAUGGGCGCUGCAUCAAUGUCAACUGGCGCUGCGAUAACGAUAACGACUGUGGGGAUAACAGUGAUGAGGCUGGCUGCAGUCACUCGUGCUCAAGCGUGCAGUUUAAAUGCAACAGCGGUCGCUGUAUUCCAGAGUACUGGACUUGCGACGGAGACAACGAUUGUGGAGAUUACAGCGAUGAAACUCAUGCCAAUUGCACCAACCAAGCCACGCGGCCUCCCGGUGGUUGCCAUAUAGACGAGUUCCAGUGCCGAAUGGACGGCUUGUGCAUUCCCAUGAGGUGGCGUUGCGACGGGGACACGGACUGCAUGGACCUCAGCGACGAGAAGAACUGCGAAGGAGUCACGCACAUGUGCGACCCGGCGGUCAAGUUCGCCUGCAGGGACUCGGCACGGUGUAUCAGUAAGGCCUGGGUGUGUGACGGGGACAGCGAUUGUGAAGAUAACUCUGAUGAAGAUAACUGUGAGGCUCUUGUGUGCAAGCUCUCCCACCACGUUUGUGCCAGCAAUGACUCCAUUUGUCUGCCCGCUGAGAAACUGUGUGAUGGCAAGGAUGACUGCCCUGAUGGCUCGGAUGAGAAGCUCUGCAACCUUUGCUCUGUAGAUAAUGGAGGCUGCAGCCAUAACUGUACCAUUGCUCCUGGUGAGGGCAUCCUGUGUUCCUGCCCAGCUGGCAUGGAGCUGGGCACCGACAACAAGACCUGCCAGAUUCAGAGCUUCUGUGCCAAACAUCUGAAGUGCAGCCAGCGCUGUGUGCAGGAGAAGGCCACUGUAAAGUGUGCAUGCUACGAUGGCUGGGCACUGGGACCAGACAGCGAGAGCUGCAAGAGCACUGAUCCAUUCAAGCCCUUCAUCAUCUUCUCAAACCGGCAUGAGAUCCGUCGGAUUGAUUUGUACAAGGGUGAAUUCAGCGUGCUGGUGCCCGGCUUGCGUAACACCAUUGCCCUGGAUUUCCACCUCAACCAGAGCUCCCUCUACUGGACUGAUGUGGUCGAGGACAAGAUCUAUCGUGGAAAGCUGUCUGAAAACGGAGCUCUGACCAGUUUUGAGGUGGUGAUUCAGUAUGGUUUGGCCACUCCGGAGGGACUGGCUGUUGACUGGAUUGCAGGAAACAUCUACUGGGUGGAGAGCAACCUGGAUCAGAUUGAGGUGGCCAAGCUGGAUGGAACCAUGCGUACGACACUACUGGCCGGAGAGGUGGAGCAUCCACGCGCCAUUGCGCUUGACCCAAGAGAUGGUAUUCUGUUCUGGACAGACUGGGAUGCCAGCUCACCCAGGAUAGAGGCUGCCUCUAUGAGUGGGGAGGGCCGUCGGACCAUCCACCGAGAGACGGGGAAUGGCGGCUGGCCUAACGGUCUCACUGUGGACUACUUAGAGCGUCGCAUUCUAUGGAUCGAUGCCAGAUCUGAUGCCAUCUACUCUGCUGCUUACGAUGGUUCUGGCCUGAUUGAGGUGCUCCGGGGUCACGAAUACUUGUCACACCCCUUUGCUGUCACCAUGUACGGAGGAGAUGUCUACUGGACGGACUGGCGUACUAACACUCUGGCUAAGGCCAACAAAUGGACAGGACACAACGUCACAGUGGUGCAGAGAACAAACACUCAACCAUUUGAUCUCCAAGUGUUCCAUCCAUCUAGACAACCUCAGGCUCCCAACCCAUGUGCAGCUAAUGAUGGAAAGGGGCCGUGCUCUCACCUGUGCCUCAUCAACUACAACCAGACCUUUUCCUGUGCCUGCCCACACCUCAUGAAGCUCAAAGCAGACAAGCACACCUGCUACGAGUACCGCCAGUUCCUGCUAUAUGCUCGUCAGAUUGAAAUCAGAGGAGUGGACAUUGAUAAUCCCUAUUACAACUAUAUAAUCUCUUUUACCGUACCCGAUAUUGACAAUGUAACAGUGGUGGAUUAUGAUGCUCUGGAGCACCGAAUCUACUGGUCUGACGUCCGUACUCAAACGAUCAAAAGAGCCUUCAUCAAUGGGACUGGUGUGGAAACUGUUGUGUCUGCAGACCUCCCUAACGCACAGGGCCUGGCUGUGGACUGGGUCUCCAGAAACCUCUUCUGGACCAGCUAUGAUGCUAAUAAGAAGCAGAUAAAUGUUGCACGGCUGGACGGAUCCUUCAAGAAUGCUGUAAUCCACGGACUGGACAAACCGCACAGUUUGGUGCUCCAUCCUGUCUUGGGAAAGCUCUACUGGAUUGAUGGGGACAACAUCAGUAUGGCCAACAUGGACGGCACCAACCGCACAUUAAUCUUCUCCAAUCAGAAAGGCCCAGUGGGUCUGUCCAUUGACUAUGACAUGGAGCAACUGUACUGGAUCAGUUCAGGGAACAGCACCAUUAACCGCUGCAAGCUGGACGGCUCUGGACUAGAGAUCAUUGAAGGAGUGAAAGGCAAACUCACCAAAGCUACCGCCCUUGCGAUCAUGGGAAAUAAGCUGUGGUGGGCAGAUCAGGGCACAGAUCAGAUUGGUACAUGUGACAAGAAUGAUGGGGGCAACUGGAAGGUUCUUCGGAAUAACACCUCUCCCAUGAUGCAUAUGAAGAUCUACAAUGAGACUGUACAUCACCUGGGUACCAACCUCUGCAGAAAGAACAAUGGCGACUGCUCUCAGCUCUGCCUGCCAACUUCACCAACUACUAGAGCCUGUAUGUGCACAGCUGGAUACAGCCUGAGGAGUGGCCAACAGUCCUGUGAAGGCAUGGGCUCUUUUUUGCUGUACUCUGUGCAUGAGGGCAUUCGUGGCAUCCCCCUGGACCCGUCAGAUAAAUCUGAUGCCCUGGUACCAGUAUCAGGCACCUCUCUAGCUGUGGGCAUUGAUUUCCAUGCUGAGAACGACACCAUCUACUGGGUUGAUAUGGGCUUGAGCACUAUCAGCAGAGCCAAGAGAGACCAGACCUGGAGAGAGGACAUUGUGACCAAUGGAAUCGGACGUGUGGAAGGCAUCACCGUAGACUGGAUUGCAGGGAACAUCUACUGGACUGAUCAGGGCUUUGAUGUUAUUGAGGUGGCCAGACUUAACGGCUCGUUCCGCUAUGUAGUCGUCUCGCAGGGACUGGACAAACCUCGAGCCAUUGCUGUGCAUCCAGAGAAAGGGUAUCUGUUCUGGACUGAGUGGGGUCAGUAUCCGCGUAUUGAAAGGUCUCGUCUUGAUGGCUCUGAAAGAGUAGUUCUUGUCAAUGUCAGUAUCAGCUGGCCAAAUGGCAUCUCCAUCGACUACCAGGAGGGACAGCUGUAUUGGUGCGAUGCCCGCACAGACAAAAUUGAGCGCAUUAAUCUGGAGACCGGAGAAAACCGUGAACUGGUGCUGUCCAGUAACAACAUGGACAUGUUUGCAGUAUCUGUGUUUGAAGACUACAUCUACUGGAGUGACAGGACUCAUGCCAAUGGCUCCAUCAAGAGAGGAAACAAGGACAAUGCCACAGAUAUGGUUUAUCUGAGAACAGGCAUUGGUGUGCAGCUCAAAGACAUUAAAGUCUUCAACCGUGCCAGGCAGCAAGGCACCAAUGUUUGUAAAGACAACAAUGGUGGCUGUGAACAACUGUGUCUGUUCCGUGGUAAUGGCAAUCGUACCUGCGCAUGUGCACAUGGCAUGCUGGCUGAGGACAGCCGCAGCUGCAGAGACUAUGACGGCUACCUCCUCUACUCAGAGCGCACGAUACUAAAGAGCAUCCACCUGUCGGAUGAAACGAAUCUCAACGCUCCCAUUAAACCCUUUGAAGACCCAGAGCACAUGAAGAAUGUCAUUGCUCUUACCUUUGACUACAGGGGUGGUGGUGGAAAGGGAGCCAACCGGAUCUUUUACAGUGACAUCCACUUCGGGAACAUUCAGCAGAUCAGUGAUGACAGCUCAGGUCGCAAGACUAUAGUGGAGAAUGUAGGAUCAGUAGAAGGUUUGGCUUAUCACCGCGGUUGGGACACACUUUACUGGACCAGCUACACCACCUCCACCAUCACACGCCACACUGUGGAUCAGAGCCGCACUGGAGCUUUUGACAGAGACACUGUAGUCACCAUGUCCGGGGAUGACCAUCCCAGAGCAUUCGUACUGGACGAGUGUCAAGACCUGAUGUUCUGGACUAACUGGAAUGAACAAUCUCCCAGUAUUAUGCGAGCAACUUUGUCUGGAGCCAACGUUAUUGUGAUUAUCGGCAGUAACAUCCGCACCCCCAAUGGUCUGGCCAUUGACCACCGUGCAGAGAAACUCUACUUCUCAGAUGCCACACUGGACAAGAUUGAGCGCUGCGAGUACGACGGCAGCCGCCGCUUUGUGGUUCUGAAGAAUGAGCCAGUGCAUCCGUUCGGUUUGGCUGUAUAUGGCGAUUAUAUAUUCUGGACAGACUGGGUACGCAGAGCUGUCCUCAGAGCUGAUAAAUUCGGCAGAGAUAUGAAGGUCCUUCGUGCUGACAUUCCACAACAGCCAAUGGGCAUCAUCGCUGUGGCCAAAGACACCAAUAGCUGUGAGUUUUCUCCAUGUCUCACCAAUAAUGGAGGCUGUCAGGACCUGUGUCUGCUCACCUCAGAGGGACGAGUCAACUGCAGCUGCCGUGGAGAGCGCAAACUACUCGGAGACGACACCUGUGUCGCGGAGAAUACAACCUGUAACAGCGUGGAUGAGUUUGAGUGUGGAAACGGUGAUUGCAUUGACUACAGCCUGACCUGUGACAGUCUAGCCCACUGCAAGGACAAGUCCGAUGAGAAACAAUCCUACUGUGCUAACCGUAUGUGUAAGAAGGGCUACAGACGCUGCAUUAAUGGACGCUGUGUCAAGCACAGUUCCUGGUGUGAUGGCACUGACGACUGUGGAGAUGGCUCAGAUGAGCUGCCCUGCAACAUGACUCUGUGCAGUGGUGCUGAGUUUCAGUGUAAAGAUGGAUCCUGCAUCACUAACUCUAGCCGCUGUAACCAGGUCGUGGACUGUGAGGAUGCCAGCGAUGAGAUGAACUGCAGCCCCACUGAUUGCUCUAGUUACUACUUGCUUGGUGUGAAGGGCAUGAGCUUUCAGAGGUGCAAGUUCACUACACUCUGCUACGCCCCCUCCUGGCGCUGUGAUGGCUCCAAUGAUUGUGGAGACUACUCGGAUGAAAGAAACUGUCCAGAGAAGAGAAAGCUGAAGUGUCCAGUGAACUUCUUUGCAUGUCCGAGUGGCCGCUGUAUUCCCAUGAGCUGGACCUGUGACAAAGAGAAUGACUGUGAGAAUGGAGCAGAUGAGACUCACUGCGAUAAGUUCUGUGCACCGAAUCAAUUUGAGUGUGGGAACCACCGUUGUAUCUCCAAAUCCUGGGUGUGUGAUGGCAGUGAUGAUUGUGGAGAUGGCACGGAUGAAGACAGCAAAUGCAAGUCCAAGACAUGCAGUGUAGAGUCUUUCCAAUGUCCUGGCUCCCAUAUGUGUAUAUCUCAGCGCUGGAAGUGUGAUGGGGAUAAGGACUGUCCUGAUGGGGCGGACGAGGGUGUAAAGGCUGGCUGUGCAUUCAAUAAGACCUGUGAUGACACUGAGUUUCAGUGCCAGAAUUAUCAGUGUAUUCCAAAGCACUUCCAGUGUGAUCAUGAUGUUGACUGCCGCGAUGGCUCUGACGAAUCGCCUGAGUGCGAGUAUCCCACAUGUGGGCCGAAUGAUUUCCGCUGUGCUAAUGGCCAGUGCCUGAAGCAGAAGAACUGGGAGUGUGAUGGAGAGUUUGACUGCAGAGACCAAUCGGACGAAGCCCCCAAGAACCCUCAUUGUACAGAUACAGAGAGGCGCUGUAAUGACUCGUCUUUCCUGUGCACCAAUGGGAAGUGUGUCAAUGAGACAUUGCUGUGUGAUGGUAAUGAUGACUGUGGUGACGGUUCUGAUGAGCUCAACUGCUUCAUCAAUGAAUGUCUCAACAGCAAGUUAAGCGGCUGCUCACAGCUCUGCGAGGAUCUCAAGAUAGGCUUCAAGUGCCGGUGUCAUCCCGGUUUCCAUCUGAAGCAUGAUGGGAAGACGUGUGUGGAUGUGGACGAGUGCAGCACCACGUACCCCUGCACUCAGCGCUGCAUCAAUACACACGGUAGCUUCCACUGCCUCUGUGUCGAUGGCUUUGUGCUGCGACCUGAUGACCCCACCAGCUGCAAAUCCACAUCCGAGGAGGAACCUUUCCUUAUCUUUGCUAACCGUUACUAUCUGCGCAAACUCAACUUGGACGGGUCUAACUACACACUGAUUAAACAGGGACUCAAUAAUGCAGUGGCUCUGGAUUAUCACUAUGCAGAGCAGAUGAUCUACUGGACAGAUGUGACCACACAGGGCAGCAUGAUCCGCCGCAUGCACAUCAACGGCAGUAAUGUGCAGGUACUGCACAGAACCUCUCUGAGUAACCCUGACGGUCUGGCUGUGGACUGGGUUGGUGGGAACCUGUACUGGUGUGAUAAGGGCAGAGACACAAUCGAGGUGUCCAAGCUGAACGGAGCUUACAGAAGCGUACUAGUCAACAGUGGCCUGCGGGAGCCCAGAGCUGUGGCUGUUGACGUGAGGAACGGGUAUCUGUACUGGUCAGACUGGGGUGAUGUGCCACAUAUCGGCCGUAUCGGCAUGGACGGCACAGACCGUGGCAUCAUCAUUCAGGAUAAGAUCACAUGGCCCAAUGGCUUGACUUUAGAUUUUAUUAAUGAACGUAUCUACUGGGCAGAUGCUCGUGAAGACUACAUUGCUUUUGCCAGUCUAGACGGAUCCAACAGGCACAUUGUGCUGAAUCAUGACAUCCCUCACAUCUUUGCCAUGACUCUGUUUGAGGAGUUCAUCUACUGGACCGACUGGGAGACCAAGUCCAUCAACAGAGCUCACAAAACCCAGGGCAUCAACAAGACCAUGCUGAUCAGCACUCUGCACAGACCCAUGGACAUACACAUCUACCAUCCAUCCAGACAGCCUGAGGUGUCAGAUCACCCAUGUCAGGUGGAAAAUGGAGGCUGCAGUAAUCUGUGUCUGCUGUCUCCUGGAGGGGGCUACAAGUGUGCCUGCCCUACCAACUUCUACCUGGCUGCUGAUGGAAAGCAAUGUCUAUCCAACUGUACUGCCAGCCAGUUUGUCUGCAAGAAUGAUAAAUGUAUUCCCUUUUGGUGGAAGUGUGAUACUGAGGAUGACUGUGGAGACCGUUCGGAUGAACCCGCUGAUUGUCCUGAAUUUAAAUGCAGACCAGGUCAGUUCCAGUGUGGCACGGGUCUCUGCACCAACCCGGCUUACAUCUGUGAUGGAGAUAAUGACUGCCAGGACAACUCUGAUGAAGCCAACUGUGACAUCCAUGUUUGCCUGCCCAGUCAGUUUAAGUGCUCCCAUCCCAGUCGCUGUAUCCCUGGAAUCUUACGCUGUAAUGGUCAGAACAACUGCGGCCAGGGAGAAGAUGAGAAAGACUGUCCUGAGGUGACCUGUGCUCCAAACCAGUUUCAGUGUGCCAUCACCAAACUCUGUAUACCGCGUGUCUGGGUCUGCGAUAGAGACUACGACUGUGUGGAUGGUUCAGAUGAACCAGCCAACUGCACUCAGAUGAAGUGUGGUGUGGAAGAGUUCCGCUGUAAGGACUCUGGCCGCUGCAUCCCGUCUCGCUGGACGUGUGACGGAGAGGACGACUGCGGUGACGCCUCAGAUGAGCCCAAAGAGGAGUGCGACGAGAGAACGUGUGAGCCGUACCAAUUCCGCUGUAAAAAUAACCGCUGUGUGCCCGGCCGCUGGCAGUGUGACUAUGACAACGACUGUGGAGACAACUCAGAUGAGGAGAAGUGUGUGCCGCGUAAGUGCUCAGAGAGUGAGUUUGCCUGCACUAAUGGACGUUGUAUUGCUGGGAGGUGGAAGUGUGAUGGAGAUCAUGACUGUUCAGAUGGAUCUGAUGAGCAUGGCUGUGAUCUGAAGUGUGUGGAGGGUCAGUUCCAGUGUAAGAAUGGGCACUGCAUUCCCUUCCCCUGGCGCUGUGAUGCUGAUGCGGACUGCAUCGAUGGCAGUGAUGAGGAGGGCUGUGACAUUUCUGUGGUGCGGCACUGCCCCCAUGAUGAGUUCCAGUGUAAUAACACUCUGUGUAAGCCUUUGUCCUGGAAGUGUGAUGGGGAGGAUGACUGUGGCGAUAACUCAGAUGAGAACCCUGAUGAGUGCCGAAACUUCCAGUGCCCACCCACAAGAACUUUCCGUUGUCUGAAUAAUCGUGUGUGUCUCUGGAGUGGAAAGCGCUGUGAUGGUGUGGACAACUGCGGGGACAAUUCAGAUGAGACCAACUGUGAAGACCACACGACCACAUGCCAUAAAGACCAGUUCCAGUGCAGCAAUGGCAAAUGUAUCAAUGCCAACCUGCGCUGCAAUUUCUUCAACGACUGUGAGGAUUACGGCUCAGACGAGAUCGGCUGCAAGACAGACACCAUGCUGAAUGACUGUAGGAGUAACAAAUCUCUGUGUGGAGAUGGCAGUGAGGCUCACUGUGUGACCAACGGAACAGACACCUUCUGCUCCUGCAAACCAGGAUUCCAGAAAGUUGGACGCAACAUCUGUGAAGAUAAGAAUGAGUGCAUGCAGUUUGGCAUCUGUUCUCACAUCUGUAACAACACCAAGGGCUCCUACAAGUGCAGUUGCUACAAAUACUUCACCAGGAUUAACGGCACAUGCAAGGCUGACAGUCUGAACAUUAAUAAGCAGGUGCUCUACAUCGCGGAUGAUAAUGAGAUCCGCAGUUUGAAUCCUGGGAUGCGCAACUGGGUUUACGAGCAGACAUUCCAGGGUGACGCCAACGUACGCAUCGAUGCCAUGGACUUGCAUGUGAAGACCAAUCGCAUUUUCUGGACCAACUGGCAUACCUCUGGUAUUUCCUCCUUCCAGCUGACCUCUACAUCAUCAGGUCCAUCAUCUAACUCUCACCGCAACAAAAGGCAAAGCGAAGGCAGUGUCACCAACCUAGAUAUUCCAGGUUUGAAGAUGCCACGUGGAAUCGCAGUGGACUGGGUGGCUGGUAAUCUGUACUGGACCGAUUCGGGUCGUGAUGUGAUUGAGGUUGCUCAGAUAUCAGGCCAGCACAGGAAGACUAUUAUCUCUGGCAUGAUUGAUGAACCUUACGCUAUAGUAGUGGAUCCCCAGAGAGGAACCAUGUACUGGACCGACUGGGGCAAUCACCCAAAGAUUGAGACUGCAGCCAUGGAUGGGACUCUUAGACAAACCCUGGUCCAUGAGAACAUCCAGUGGCCUACAGGUCUUGCUGUGGACUACUUUAAUGAGCGUCUUUACUGGGCAGAUGUCAAGCUCUCUGUGAUCGGCAGUGUGCGUCUGGAUGGCUCUGACCCUGUUGUGGCUGUAUCCAACACCAAAAACAAUCUCCUCCACCCCUUCAGCAUUGAUAUCUUUGAGGAUUACAUUUAUGGGGUCACUUACACCAACAACGUUGUCUUCCGGGUCAACAAGUUUGGCAAAGGUCACGCUGAGAAUCUGACAACGGGCAUCAACCACGCUACAGACAUAGUGCUCUAUCAUCGCUACAAACAGCCAGAGAUGAAUAACCCAUGUGACAGGAAGAAGUGUGAAUGGUUGUGUCUGCUCAGUCCCAGUGGCCCAGUGUGCAUCUGUCCUAAUGAUCAUAUCCCUGACAACGGCACCUGUGUAGAGGUGCCCCCGGCAACGCAAUCCCCCAUCACUACUACCUGUAACAUUCCCUGUCUGAAUGGUGGUAGCUGCUUCCUCAAUGCAUGGAAGCCCAAGUGUCACUGCCCCACCAGUUACAGUGGAGAGCGCUGUGAAAUCAACCAGUGCAGAGACUACUGUCAGAACGGAGGAACCUGCUCGCCAUCACGCACAGGUGCUCCUACCUGUCGUUGUCAGACGGGCUUCACUGGGCCCAGAUGUAACUUGCACACCUGUCAGAACUACUGCCAGAAUGGGGGCAACUGCUCCGUCAACCAGGGCAACCAGCCAUCUUGCCGCUGUCCAGAUGGCUUUCUCGGUGACCAGUGCCAGUAUCGUGAAUGUGAUGACUUCUGUAAGAAUAAAGGUAUCUGUAUGCAGAUGACGAACGGCACUAAACAUUGCCGCUGUCCUGACUCGUUCUUCGGCCCACAGUGUGAGCUGAAUAAGUGUGCAUACUGCGGUGAGGGCAAAUGUGAACUGCUUAAUUCUGGAGGGAUUGCAUGCAGAUGUGCUGAUAAAAUGCUGUGGCCCACCUGCUACACCUGUGAUGACUUCUGUAUCGAGGGCCAGUGCUCUGUAGAUGGGCAAACUAAGCUGCCAUAUUGCAGGUGUCACACAGGCUGGGAAGGUUUUCGCUGUGAGCUCCGUGUCACUCCUGUUCAAACCUCAGUCUCUGGAAAUACUGCAUCAGUGGUCAUCCCAGUGCUGUUGUUGCUCUUGCUAGCACUUUUAGUGGUUGGCGCCAUCGUGUGGUACAAGAAAAGAAUGCGUGGUGCUAAGGGAUUCCAACACCAGAGGAUGACCAACGGUGCCAUGAAUGUUGAGAUUGGUAACCCGGCGUACAAGAUUUACGAAGGAGAGCCUGAUGAUGAUGCAGGGGAGCUGCUAGACUCCGACUUCACUCUGGAUCCAGAUAAGCCCACAAACUUCACCAACCCAGUGUACGCCACUCUCUACAUGGGCGCCCACAAUAGCCAUAACUCUCUGGCCAGCACAGAUGAGAAGAAGGAGCUGCUGUCUGCAGGGGACGAGGACAUGGGAGAUCCGCUAGGGUAGAGCAGCCUGAAGCCAUGGCCGGGCACCCACCCACACGCACGCAGACCUUUAUGCCUUUACACAUCAGAGGAAAAGCAACAAGAGAGCAAGAACACUGUACAAAAUGUAAAAAAAGAAAAAAAACAUGAAGGACAACUUUUGUAUUUGAUUGCAGUAUUAUAUUUUAUUUUCCGAGAAAUCCUUCUGGUCAACGAAAGAAUGCAUUUUCUAUACAUAUAUUUUUCUUUUCUUUCUUGGCUUAGUUUCUCACCCCUCCUCUCCAUGUAGCCACUACCUCUGUGCUCGACCAGAUGCCAACAACAAGAUGGGGGAAAACUUCUGUUUGUUUUUGGUUUUGGUUUUUAAGUUUAUUUUUGUACGAAUUGUUUAGAGAUCAAUGUUUCUUUUGGGAAUCGCAAAAUUGCUAGGUGUUGCUAAUGAAAUAAUAAGGGAGGGGGGAUUGGCAGACUGAAUGAUACUGAUGCUGACUCUGCCUGUGUCCCAUUUCAUAUGGCUGAGAAAGAAUACGCCGCAGGAGGUGUGUAUGUGCGUGUGUGUGUGUUUCGAUUAGCAAGACACGGACGAGUCAGCAUCACUUUUAUUUCUAUACUGUUAUCUCAGAGAACAACGCUUACGAUGAUUGUCUUACUCCUUGCACAGAUUGAUUUUAUAUAUAUUUACAUAUAUAAUUAACAAAGUGUCUUGACGAAUAUACCCAGGAAUACAAGCAGACACCCGUACAAAUACCAGUAUAUAGCUGUCUUUGUUUUAGCUUGUUUUUUUGGUUUGUUUUUUUUUUACCGGAUGAAAAGAUGCAAAACGCGGCACUAUGAUGUCUUAAUGGAUUUUACGAACAAGUGAAUGAAUUGAAACAAAGUGCGGUCAAUGUGAGAGAACAUUCCAAAACUGUUUCCAGGGUGUGUAUCAGUGGCCUUGGUGUGUGUGUAAGCAAUCACGUGUCAGCGAUCAGUACAUCCAAAGGAGCGAGGCGCUUGUCUUCCAGUGGGCCGGUAACAACAAGACAAACCCAGAGCUUGCGUCUGCUCUCUGUCGGUGUGGCUUCAGGAGAACUGUUCCAUACCACUUCAGUGGGAGCUGUGUCACGUUUAGUUUGAAUAGUUUUGUGUCUUAUGGAUUUUUAUGCUUAAUGUAAGUGCAUUCCUGUGAGGUUCAUGUGGAUCCAGUUUUAACUCACUGCCUUGCUGCUAUUUUAUCCCAUUCUCAUCUGCCUGACCUGUAGAGAGACUCGGCCAGCCCUGAUGCUGCUGAGCCUCCAUUUUUUCUAACGGAGGUUACUCUUAGGCUAAUGCAUGGAUCCAACAAUGCCAAAAAGACUCUUUGCAGCUCAACAGAUACAUGUUAACAGUAUUCACCCGAGCGUCUGGACUUAACAUAAAGUCACUGCUCUGUUUACGAUCAAAUGUAAUUUAGCUUGGCCCAUAGUGCUUUUUUUUUUUUUUUUUUUUUACUGUCACAGAUGACUAGUUUCACAACAUUACAACUAUUUCUGUAGUUUUGUUGGUUCAUUUUGUUUCUUUUUAUAUAUAUAUAUAUAUAUAUAUAUAUAUAUAUAUAUAUAUAUAUAUAUAUAUACACAAAAUGAUUAAACUGCUUUUUAUAGUAGAAAUGCAUGGUGGCUCAGCCCUUCUUUAUGUGAGAGAACUGGACCUGGAGAUCUUCCAUCAAUUACAAAACAAUGAUAUAUUGAGAAAUAAAAAUGUGUACAGAAAAAUAAA